AUGACAACUGUAAACACAGAAAUAUUCUUAAAGCACCAAUCAUCAAUUAAUUGCCGCGAAUUUUUCAUAAUAAAUUGGAAAUCGUGGAAGUUGUUGGGCAUAAUUGUACCAGAGAGAGAUGUUCCAAAUCAUCUGCAACAUAUUAUUUGGAAUUAUUUUAUUAACAUAACCGUUACUUGUAUGUUUCCAAUACACUUAAUGUUGGGAAUCUUCAUAACGGAGGCCACCAAGUCAGAGCUCUUUGAAAAUGUUGCAAUUUUUAUAACCAGCGUCGGCGCUAUUCUUAAGUUAAUCAUGUUUGCCAUCAAUAUGAAAAAUAUCAUAAAAAUGGAACAAAUUCUACAAUCACUUGAUGAACGCAUCCAACAUGCAGAUGACCAGUUGUACUACACGCAGCAUAUAAAACGUCAUCUGAUUUACGUGCAGCGUAUGUAUAUUGUCGUGUAUGCUGCUAUAGGAUUCUUUGCCAGUUUAGCAUUUAUUGCUAGAGGAGAACAGAAGCUUUUCUAUCCUGGUUGGUUGCCCUUCAAUUGGCAUCAGUCGUGGUGGCAUUAUUCCGCUGCUUUGGGCUAUCAAUUGUAUGGCAUAUUUUUUCAGAUUUUGCAAAAUUUUGCCAACGACAGCUUUUCGCCAAAAGCUCUGUGUUCUCUAUCGGGUCAUAUACAGUUGUUAUACAAACGGGUGGCCCGCAUCGGUUACGAUACGCCAGUAAUGUCGCAGGAAAAUGAAAUGGAGUUGAAUAGAUGUGUGACACACCAAAAAGAUUUGUAUGAACUCUUCGACACCAUCCAGGAAAUCAUUUCGUGGCCCAUGUUCUUUCAACUCUUCGUAUCGUUGUCCAACAUGUGCGUUGCCAUGGUGGCCCUUCUAUUCUUUGUCACCGACAUUUUCUAUCGCAUCUAUUAUGUCAUGUACUUUUUGGGCAUGAUAAUGCAACUAUUUCCGGUCUGUUAUUAUGGCAGUGAUUUUGUAAUACUUUUCGAGAAACUCCAUUAUGCCGUCUUCUCGUGCAAUUGGACGGGUGAAUCGAAACGUUUCAAGCGUCAUAUGAUGUUGUUUACGGAACGUUCAUUGAAAAUGUCCAUGGCGAUGGCUGGUGGUAUGUUCCCCAUACAUUUGACAACAUUUUUUGCCACCUGCAAGGGAGCUUAUUCUAUGUUUGCAGUUGUCAUAACCAUGAAGUGA